CCUCCCUCCUGCCUCCAUCCCUCCCUGCCGGCUCCAUCCCUCCCUCCCUCCCUCCGCCGCCGCACCCAUGGAGGCCGGCGCAGGUCGCUGAGCCCGGCGUUGCCGCCCCCGAGAGCCGCGGGCCCCGCGCAGUUCCCCUGUGCCCAGGACCCGCGGCACCACAGCCAUGUCUCUGCCGGGGAGCAGACGCUCAUCCACCGGAUCACGAAGGUGAAUACGCACAGGGAGCAGCAGCGGUGCCCACCCAGGGCCACAGCAGGGCAGGGAGCAGCCCAGGGAUGCAGCUUUGAGGAUUCGGGGCAUUGCAUGUCGCUGGAUGCUGCCCACAGCUCCCCGACCCCGCAUGGAGCACCCCCAGCACAGCACCCGUCCGUCUCUGUAUGUGUCUGCCGCACUCGGCACCAAUCUUGCAGUCUUGGGAUCCACUCCAUGCUCCCAGGAUCUGUUCCUUUGCCCCAGGAUCCACUCUUGGUCCCGUCCACCAAAGGUGGUGUUGGUGGAUACCUCCCCCCACCUCCCCCACACACACUGCCCUGGGAUUGGGCAGCAAUGAUGGGAGAGGCAUUGGUUCUUGGAAAGGCUCUCCUUGAGCUGUAGCAAUAGCAAACAACAGAGAAAAAGUGAGGGAAGAAGCAUUUAUUCCCCUCGGAAUGUUUCCAUACCCUGGGCUGUUCUUUUUUAGUUCCUGACCGCAGCCAUCACCAGCAGAGAAGGGGCAGAUAUGCCCACGUGUGGGUGCUGUCCCCCCCAGCCCACUUCCAGGACACUCUCCUAGGGGCUCCCAGUCCCUGGGCAUGGGGAUGCCAUGUGGGUGCCCAUGGGAUGGAGCGGGUGGGUUUGGGGUUUGGAUUCCCCUACCCCCACCUUCACACCCGUCGCCGUCUCCGUGCCAUUUUGAUCCCUGCUGUUUGUUCUGUCCUUUUGUCUUGUGUGUUCUCGGUGCGGUGGUUGGCAGUCGCGGGCUUUAUGGACGGAGUGGUUUUGCCUCCUUCUUUAAGUCGUCAGCGCCCUCAGCCACUCGGCCUGAGACACAGCCUCUUCUCCCUGCCUCCAGGCGCCCCUCGCCCCCCGGGAGGGACACCUACGGCACCUCCUCGCUGAGCAGCAGCAGCAAUUCUGGCUCCUACAAGGGCAGCGACAGCAGCCCCACCCCAAGGCGCUCGGCCAAAUACAACCUGUGCAGUGACAACCAUGGCAUCAAACCACCCACACCAGAGCAGUACCUGACCCCACUGCAGCAGAAGGAAGUUUGCAUCCGGCACCUGAAGGCCCGCCUGAAGGACACGCAGGAGCGGCUGCAGGACAGGGAUGCUGAGAUCGAGGACCUGAAGACGCAGCUGUCGCGGAUGCAGGAGGACUGGAUCGAGGAGGAGUGCCACCGCGUGGAGGCCCAGCUGGCGCUGAAGGAGGCCCGCAAGGAGAUCAAGCAGCUGAAGCAGGUGAUCGACACGGUGAAGAACAACCUGCUGGAGAAGGACAAGGGGCUGCAGAAGUACUUCGUCGACAUCAACAUCCAGAACAAGAAGCUGGAGACGCUGCUGCACAGCAUGGAGGUGGCACAGAACGGCGCGGGGCUGAAGGAGGAGGGGGCUGCUGAGUCGGCGGGGGGGUCCCCGGCGAGAUCCCUCACCCGCAGCUCCACCUACACCAAGCUGAGCGACCAGGCGGGCGGCGAGCGCACCGUGGGCGGAUCGCAGACCAUCUCGGUGGACGAAGGGGCCGACAGCGGCUUUGCUGGGGGGGACGAAGCUCCCGGCCGCCCGGACUUGUUAGAAGGGGGGGAGCCCUGCGGGCGGCUGCCCCCCAGCUCCACCUACGAGAAGCUGCUGGGGCUGCGGGGCGGCGUGGAGGCGGGCGUGCAGGCCAGCUGCAUGCAGGAGCGCGCCAUCCAGACGGACUUUGCGCAUUGCCAGCCCGACCUGGACACCCUCCUGGAGAAGGUGAUGAAAUCCCAAGCGUGCAGCUUGGGCAGCCCCACCUCAGUUUGGGUGUCCGAGAUGGAAGACGUGGCGCCGGGCUGCGAGAUGCCGAACCCCGCCGGAGUUAUGGACCUGGAGCCCGAGGACGGGGAGGUGCCACACAACCCUACUGUGCAGCAGCCCCCCAGCGCCGGCCCCUCGGUGGCCAUCGCCUGCGCGCCCGAGGAGGAUGCGACAGCGGAGCCGGGCUGCGACGGCGCUCCAUCCAAGAGCUAUUGGAGCCGCCACUUCAUCGUGGAUCUGCUGGCCGUGGUGGUGCCGGCUGUGCCCACGGUGGCGUGGCUGUGCCGUUCGCAGCGGCGCCAGGGCCAACCCAUCUACAACAUCAGCUCGCUGCUGCGCGGCUGCUGCACCGUGGCCCUGCACUCCAUCCGCAGGAUGGGCUGCCGCGCCGUCAGCAGCCCCAACCCCGGGGGCGGAGCGCAGCCCUGACCCCAUCCCCGCCCCGCACCCCGUGCUGCCCCCCAGCCCACCCCAUGGAGCCGACGGCUGAUUGUAGAGCCCCACGCUGGGGGACGUGGCGCUCCGUCCGCUCUGCUCCUCGUGCAGCCCCCCGGGGUGGGGGCGAAAGGGGGACGGGGUGCGCGUGCUGCCCUGAGCCUUUGUCCCCAGGGAUGCCGAGGGCUGGACGCGGUGAUACGAGGGGUGGCCAGGCCCUGUCCCUGCACGCAGCUCUGCGAUGCUGGGGAUGUCACCCCGCGGUGUCACCGCGUGGCACUUUGCUUUCUUUUCGGUUGUCCUCGCACGGACCCGGGGACGUCGCUGCAGUGGGAGAUGGCGAGGAGGCACCCAGCAGCGGGGUGGGGGCUGCGAUGGGGUGCAGCCUGGCCCCUCCCCAGGCACUCUCCUUGCUCUGGGUGCAGCACUGCACAAUGGAACAUGGAGGAGGACAGAGGGAACCCCCCUGGACAUCGAGGGUGGAAAUGGGAUGGAAUUGGAUAUACCUCACACCUGAGCAAGGCUGAGCCGCCCGCAGCGCCGUCCAUUCCGUUCAUUUAUUUGCUUUGCACUAUAUUCACUUUCAUUUCCUUUUGGUAAAGUUGGGGCCCUGGGACCGGGUCUGGCUGCUGUGGAGUGGGACCAGGCGCCCUCUUGGUUUGGGUGCAUCCUUGUCCACUCCUCCCAGCCCAAACCCUAGUUUCCUGGGGGGUGAGGGGGAGACUACUGCAAAAUGCCUUUUUUUGGGGGGGGGGGGGGGGUUGUUUUAUUUAUUUUAUUGGAAAAGCAAAGACAGCAAAGAUUGGUCAGCAGGGGCGGCCCCCGGGUGUACUGAGGGGUCCUGGCCCCCAUUGCGAAUGUCUGCAGCUUCCUUGUGACUUGAAGCAAUGGUGUCCCCCCCCACCACAGGACGCUGUGCCCUCCCAGCCCCCCAUAUCCAUGGGGUGGGGGCUGGCACUGCAUGCAGUGUUUGGGGAGCAGCGGUCGGAGCGAGCAGCCCUGGGCUAUAACCUCUCGUGCAAUGUAUUUGUGGAUCCAUGUACGCGUCUGUCCGACUAUCCAAAGCUUAGCCAAGAAAUAAAUGUAACGUUAUAUUUGA